UACUCUCGUAAUAAUAACACAAUAGGAGGAGCAGAGAGGAGAGAGCCACUGCACCGCGCGUCCGCCCGCGCUCCCUCCCUCUCCUCUCCUCGCACUCGCCGUCCCUCCCAAUGGCCUCCGCUGCCGCCCACGCGGCCACCGCCACCGCCGCCGCCGUCCUCCUCGUCGUCUUCCUCGCCCCCCUUGCCGCCGCCUCCGACUCCGACCACAAGUACCAAUCGGAGGAGAAGGUUAUGCUCUGGGUGAACAAGGUUGGCCCGUACAACAACCCACAGGAAACUUACAACUACUACAGCCUUCCGUUUUGCCAUCCGUCCAAUAACCCCGUGCAUAAAUGGGGAGGGCUUGGGGAGGUUCUCGGUGGAAAUGAGCUGAUUGACAGCCAGAUCGACAUAAAGUUUGGAAGGGAUGUUGACAAGGGUACCAUUUGUUCAAUUGAACUUGAUCCUGACAAGGCCAAACAGUUAUCUGAUGCGAUUGAGAGUUCAUAUUGGUUUGAAUUCUUCAUUGAUGAUUUGCCUCUAUGGGGUUUUGUUGGAGAGGCAGACAGAAAUAGCGAUAACAAAUAUUUCCUUUUCACUCACAAGAACAUCGUCAUCAGAUACAAUGGCAAUCAGAUUAUUCAUGUUAAUCUUACUCAAGAAAGUCCAAAGCUUAUUGAUGCGGGUAAGGCAUUGGAUAUGACAUAUUCUGUCAAGUGGGAACCAACCAAUGUAACAUUUGCUCACCGCUUUGAUGUAUACCUUGACUACCCUUUCUUUGAACACCAGAUCCAUUGGUUCUCAAUCUUCAAUUCUUUCAUGAUGGUUAUCUUUCUCACUGGGCUAGUGUCAAUGAUUUUGAUGCGCACUCUAAGAAAUGACUAUGCAAAGUAUGCCCGCGACGAUGAUGAUCUUGAAACUCUGGAAAGAGAUGUCAGUGAAGAAUCUGGAUGGAAGCUUGUCCAUGGGGAUGUUUUCCGGCCUCCUCGCAGUUUGGCUCUUCUUUCAGCCCUUGUUGGUGUUGGCACACAGUUGUCUGCUCUUAUUCUGCUAGUGAUUUUGUUGGCAAUCAUCGGAAUGCUGUAUAUUGGGCGAGGAGCUAUUGUCACAACAUUCAUUGUUUGUUAUGCCCUUACUUCAUUCAUCUCUGGAUAUGUCAGUGGUGCACUUUAUUCACGGCAUGGGGGGAAAAACUGGAUCAAGGCAAUGAUUAUGACAGCAUCACUAUUUCCGUUUAUGUGCUUUGGAAUUGGCCUAGUGCUUAACACAAUCGCUAUAUUCUAUCGAUCAUUAGCUGCCAUACCAUUUGGUACUAUGGUGGUUGUGUUCAUCCUGUGGGCCUUCAUAUCUUUCCCUCUUGCUCUUUUGGGAACUGUUGUUGGUAGAAACUGGAGUGGUGCCCCAAAUAAUCCAUGCAGAGUAAAGACUAUUCCUCGCCCUAUCCCUGAGAAGAAAUGGUACCUCACGCCUUCUGUCAUUGCCCUCAUGGGAGGACUGCUUCCUUUUGGUAGCAUCUUCAUUGAGAUGUACUUUGUCUUCACAUCAUUUUGGAACUACAAGGUGUACUAUGUAUAUGGGUUCAUGUUGCUAGUCUUUUUGAUCCUCAUAAUUGUCACCAUCUGUGUAACAAUCGUUGGUACAUAUUUCCUGCUGAAUGCGGAGAACUACCACUGGCAGUGGACUUCAUUCUUCUCUGCUGCUUCUACUGCCGUCUAUGUUUACCUCUACUCCGUAUAUUAUUACCAUGUGAAGACCAAGAUGUCAGGAUUCUUUCAGACAAGUUUCUACUUCGGCUACACUCUUAUGUUCUGCCUAGGUUUAGGAACACUCUGCGGUGCUGUCGGGUAUCUUGGAUCGACACUGUUUGUGAGAAGGAUCUACAGGAACAUAAAGUGUGACUAAAAAUUGACCCCGGUUUAGACAGAUGGGGCGAAAAACUUUGUAUGUGUGGCUUGUUCCGUGAAGUGAUCAGCCAUGUUUUGGUGGCCAAGAAGCCAGGGCAGUUUAUGGAGUACAAACGUUCUUCGGCGACAUUGCUGGGAUGCCAUGGUUUUUGUUUUCUUGUCCCUUUUGUUCUCUUUGAUCCCCCUCUCGGUGCCACAAUUUUCAUGUUCAACUAGCCAUAUAUAGCUGCGAUCAUAGUUUAGAUGUUAGUAUAUACCAGAGUUGUUAUUCUUGAGCCUCAUAUCUGUGUUGCUUCACUUAAAGCUGUAAGAUCCAUGACAUUUGUUGACCUUUAAUGAUGAAAACAUCUCCGAAAGACAUCAUUUUCAGAUUU